AUGUUUUCCUCGCUGCGGCGACCAGCUCGAAGCAGACCGCACCGCGAUAGUUCGCCGCGGUCUUCCUCAUACGGCCCGACCUCAAGAUCACCAGAUGCUGCCCACAAUAAUACCCAAACCCACCAGAAACGACCCGGCCGCAUGGAAGCAGAUAAUACAAUUUAUGAAGAGGCAGAGCAAGAGUCCGGCGAUGAAGAGGAGGACUACUUCCCAGAAGAAGAGGAAGACGAGGAAGAAGAACACCAGGGCGACUCUGACGAGGAUGGCCCAGACGAUACGACACCGCUUCUUCCCAUCUUCUCAGCUGCCCAUCUUGAUGCCCUCCCUGUUUUUGCUCUCACUCAUGCGAUUCGGAUUUUGGUGACUUCUCGAUGCGAUACGGUCCUGACUUGGGAGCAGCUUCGGUCGCCUCAAGUCUCUCAAUUCCUUCUCAAACCCAUCGAACAAGAAAUCCGCAGCAACCACCUAAAUGCUGCCACACAUUAUGCUCUCAUGGCCAAUUGUCUCCAAUACGGCAAGGAGGCCGCUGUCUCCGCCGUCAACAGUGGCACAAACAAAACCCGCGCUAUGGUGUGUGAGCUCCUUGCCAUCAAACUACUCAGAGACUUCUCGACUAGAGAAUUAAUCGAUGCCCUGUCUUACGAUUUCGAUCCUCUGCAAGGCCAAUUCGAUACAGUCCCCGUGGAUGAUGAGGCCCGUCGAGGCACAGAACAUCUGAGAAAGUCCACCCAGCGGCCGGCGCGAAUCUCCUGUUUUGAAAUUGCCAUUCGUGCACAAUCCAAGCGAUUCCUAUCCCAUCCCUUGGUUGUCAAGCAGCUGGAGGCAAUCUGGGCUGGCACCAUCGUGUUCCAUUCCGCCGCCGAUCACCUGCAUCGGAAACUUCCCCCGGCCAGGCAAGUCAAAAGCUAUGGCACAACCCAAGGUUAUUUCAGCGUCGGGACCGGGCCUGUGGCUGGAGAUGCUCAGUUGCCACGACGAGCUGUAACGCUUUACAACCCUUGUGACGCCUCCCUUUUCAAGUUGUCGCGGCUGCGAGUACCUCGCUAUCGGAACAUGGUAUCCACAUUGUCCUUCGCGGUCCUGCUAAGUCUCUUCGUCGCUGUCCUGGUUCAACGCUCACUGGAAAUUACAACGCUUGAAGUCGUGUUCUGGUUCUGGGCCGCCGGCUUCAUGCUCGAUGAGAUCGUGGGCUUCAACGAACAGGGUUUCAGCCUGUACAUUGCCAGUUUCUGGAACACUUUCGACCUUGGAAUCCUCCUCAUCUUGUUGGCCCAUUUAGCUCUGCGAAUCUAUGGCAUUGUCAUGCCAGAUGUCAAGAAGCACACAGUGGCAAACAUGGCUUACGAUGUGCUCGCUGCUGAUGCUAUUCUGCUCUUCCCAAGGUUGUUUUCCGUCCUGGACCACUAUCGCUAUUUUUCACCUCUCCUGAUCGCCUUUCGAUAUAUGGCUGCCGACCUCGCGGCGGUGUCUCUCCUUAUCCUCAUUAGCUGUAGCGGCUUCUUUGUCGCUCUGACACUGUCCUUCGGCAACGGGGGGGUAGAUACCCCGAGCUCGGUUGCCUAUGCGUUGCUCCAAAUCGUCAUGGGCUUCACUCCCGCCGCUUGGGACAGGUGGGACAAGUACAAUGUCCUCGGGAGGAUGAUAUUGACCUUGUUUCUGUUCAUCUGUCAUUUUCUUGUUGUCACAAUUUUGAUUACUGUCCUGACGAAUUCUUUCAUGGCCGUGGUCCAAAACGCGAACGAGGAGCACCAGUUUCUGUUCGCGGUCAACACCAUCUCUCAUGUCAAGUCUGACGCCCUGUUCUCCUAUGUGGCUCCUACCAACGUCAUUCAAUGGCUCUUGGUUCCGUUGCGAUAUGUGGUCCCAUUUCGGCAGUACGUCAAAGUCAACCGCACUGUGAUCAAGGCCACACACUUCCCGAUUUUAUUCUCGAUAUUUUUGUACGAAAAGACAGUCUUGCAAUCUACAGUUUUCGAUACGAUCGAUCUUGUAGAACGUCGAGGACGCUCGAGAAGGACAACAACAAGACAACUUUCCCAGCUCAAUCGUGCACCCUCGAUCGCCACCUUCCGGCAGGACAAAGCUUUAGAGGAAGUGUUCCGGCAGCCCUACGACAGCACUAUGCGUGGUGCUCGUCGCAGUCGGGACCAUCGAAAGACAAGCAAUGUUGUGAAUACGUGGAUGAAGGAGAUUGGCGAUGGUGUUGCAAGCCCGCCCCUUGAACAGGAUAGACGGAUUGUCGACAGGCUCGAGGGCAGGGCACCCGUUUCCAGGCUAUUACGGCCAGUCAGCAGGGUCCGGACAUUUUCUCGCCAGACCAUGUCUAUUGCGUCCGAUCCAGAAGAGUUCGCAACCCAUGCAGAUUUCCUAUCCCCAAAUCGUGCGCGACCGAUCCACAACAACACACGCAGCGUGCCUUUGGAAGAGCCUUCAGCACAUACGGAUGCCGAAGAUGACGACGAGUUGCGGGGCAGCGAAGACAUCGAUCAAGAAGAGACCACCACAUUAGACGGAGACUCCUCAGACGGGACUCAAUCAGAAAUCAUACAGCGUUCCCGUAGCCUGGAAUCUUACAAGGCCCCUACGACAGAGCAACUGCCCACCAUUGUGGCAGCAACCACGGGUAGCCCGUCGCUGCCCGUGGUCCAGACAGGGCCUGUACGUGUCAGUAGCGACGCAGAUUCUCCCCCCGGUCCGCCACCACAAGUCCGACCCCGUCAGCAUUCCCGGAACCCUUCAAGUGCGACAAUGAUCUUCAGACCUGUGGCAGACUCGAGUACUGAUAAGUCCUCUUCUACUGGAGAGUACAGGGGCCCCUCUAGUAGACCGCAGACCUCAGCGCCUGGUUCGGGGUUGCGGACACCAGUAUCUAAGCCAGCCUCCGGCGGAGCUGGUCACCGGACGCCCAAGAGGACGACGGUCGGUCCUCCUCGACUAGCACCAAGCCUCCCAAGCAGAAACGACCCAGCGUUCCGAUCCGCCCCCAAUCUUGCCGAAGUGCGAGGUCAACGGAGCCACUCACGCCACAACUCACCGCUCGAGAUGGAUCUGGUAUCGGACAUUGGCGACAACAGGGCAAUAGGUGGCGGGUACGUUGGCGCCCUGCCAGCCUCCUUCGCCGCUCAAAUGUCACAAAGCCUGCUCGGAUCAAGACACACAAAGGCACAACUCGAAGAACAAGAACUGUUGGCCAAAAUCAUGAUGGCACGAAUGAACAGUCUUGAGGAAGGCUUCAGGGAGGUGAUCCAUGAAAUGCGCAGACAGGACAAUACUAGAAGCAAAAGUCGUGGCAGGCCUGGCAGACCAGUGGUGAGAGAAAAGAGAGCCAAGGGCAAAGAAACUUACCAGUCAGCCACGGUUGGAGGUGAAAAGGAAGCCGUCGACCCCGACCCCAACCCCGACCUCGACCCUGCCACAAGUUCUGGCAUGGUAGUACAAGGCUCUGAAGAGUACAAUGCCGCGGAGAAUAUUGGUGGUGGCUCUGACCGGGCUGUAGGAAGGGAUUCAGUUUGA